AGCUCAGUGUGCAAUCAAAAUAUUUGAAAAUGGCGGAAAAUCAAAUGAAAAUCGAUGCAGAAACGCUAUCAGCUUUGCACAAGAAACUUAAAGAUAAUAUGAAAAAGAAAGCAAAGGAUGACAAUGAAACAGAAGACUUUAUUAGCAGUUUAUUAGAGCUCUACGAGGACACAGUUGAAAUAUUGGUCAGAGAAAAUGUUGUGAUUUGUGAGAACAAAAGCGAGUUGGCUACUAGUGAUGUCAAACAAGAAAUGGAACCAUUGGACAAAGAAAGAGCGAAAGAAGUUAAUGAGAUGUGCGCAAAAUCCGAAGAUCUUUUGGUAUCAACAAUAAAAAAACGGAAGAUUUAUCCGCAAAAGAUAAAAGAAGGUCUUCAAUUAAAGAAUGAUUCUGAAAUGAAGAAUUUGCAGAACGUUGAAAAUAGAAUAAAAGAAAAAGAAAAUGAUGCUGAUAGUACUGAUGUACAGUUUGAUAUACCAGAUUGUGAUGAUAGCUUGCCACGGUUGAAAUCUGCUUGCGGAGACCUUGCACAGUUUUCCAAGUCCCUGUCAGAUGUAACUGAGAAUCUAGAAAGACAAAACACUGUUAAAACAUUAAAACUAAAAAUGGAGAGCAAUGAAUUGCACAGAGCUUUGUUUUGCGAGAGAAAAAUUCCCAGUUCCUUUGACUCCAUACUUGAAUCUCCUACCAAGGAACUAAAGGUGGAUGAGACGAUACCAGACUCGAGCAGCAAAACAUUCCCAACACUGUUAGGUAACCAACAAAAUGAACAACUUGAAAAACUAAAAAGUUGUAAGCGGAAAAAUCACUAGUGUGAGUUUCUAGAUUUAGGAAGUUAGUGUAUAAUAUAAUGGUCUCCAAAUGGGAGACCUUUACUUAGAUAUAUUCUAGCAAGUCAAUAUAAAUUAUAUGCAUAACUAUCUUACAAGCUAAGAGAUAUGAUAUGUAUUUUAGA